GGAAAAUAUAUUACCACCUAUCGCGGCGUACCAUUGAUGAAAGAUCCUUUCACUCUCGCAGUUGUACCACAGUUGCUCUGGGAGCUUAAACCACGUACCAUAAUUGAGUUCGGCUCUUACGCAGGAGCCUCAGCACUUUGGAUGGCAGAUUUGUUGAGGCAAUACAACUAUGAGUCACGUGUCCUCUCGUUGGAUAUUGAUCUCUCCAUGCUGGCGCCUUUAGCGAGGGAUUCCCGUUCUGAUAUUUCGUUUAUCGAGGGAGAUAUCUUUGACGUUGAAAAACACUUCCACGAGGAACUUCUUGAGGUAAGUUAACUGACACCUUACAUUUAGUGUUUAAACACUUCUUUGAGGACCCAAGAUCUCAUCCUUUCCUGGGGGAGAGGAUAUUUAUUGUCACUUCAACAAUGAGUUACUGAAUCUUGGAUAGAAUUUGAUGAGGUAAACCCCUGUUUGAUUUUUCUAUCAGGCAGGGGUUUGCAUCAUUCAUGGUUCUCAUUGCUGCACUCAUCCUCAGACAAGUUCAACAGGAAAGAUCUAGAAUUCCCGGAAAUCUGGCAUGAAUAUCGAAAGUUAAAGUGAUAAUCAGCGUGUCCUUGUUUUCCACAGAAUUAUUUCAACUUUGUUUUGUUAAUUUUUUUUCUUGUCGUUUCUUUCAUUAGAGCUUACCUCACCCAUGGUUCCUAAGUGAAGACUCACAUGUGAACAUGAUAGGCGUUUUAGAACAUUUUCAUAAAUUUAUGCAACCUGGAGACUACCUCUGCAUCGAAGAUACAAACCCAACGGGACCUGAAAUAUCCGGACAGGGACUCAUCAAGGAUCUCGGAUACUCAAUGUUUGGGGACUCAAAACUGAAUGACCUCAAAAGAUUUCUGAAAGACCAUCCAGGCAAAUACAUGGUAGAUCAAAAAUACACCGAUUUUUACGGGUAAGAGGUUGCUAAGUGAUUUUAUCCAUUCAAGUAAGAAGAGCGUUACUCAAGUUCCUCUUUCCCUUUCAAGCUGAUUUUAAUAAACUAAAUCCGACUUUGCGUUGUUAUUCUUGCAGAUACAAUGUCACUUUAAACACCAACGGCUUCUUAAAACGGGUGUAG